AGCGUAGACCCUACUAGGGGCUUUCCUGUUUCGUAGAAAGUCCAGCACCCGCGGGGUACUAACGGCUCGCCUGGAAAUGCUUAGCCGAGCCAGGUACUGCCCAUGUACCCCGCCGCUCCGAAUUGCCGGACCGUAUGCCAAAUUUUUUUCUUUUUCUGCCGGAGCCGAUUCCUUUGGUGCGUGACCUGACUCUUUUCAACCCAAUUCUUCAAGACGUCCCAGUCAUUUCCGACCAAUAUUUAAAUGACUGGUCUCUUUCUUUGUUCUAGAAUAUCUCGUCGUUAAUCGUCCCGCUUUCUUCAUCCCCCUCGCGUACGACAAUGGCGGCCGAAGCACAAGUAGCUGCGAAUCCUCCAGGUAAAGAGGCCCCAAGUAUACAGGCUUUGUCGACAAUCCGGCUGACCACACUGGUGCAUCCCUGUAGCUGAUGCUGUCGAUGACAACGCCAUGUCUACUCCCGAGAAAGCUGUGGUUGAAGGGGAGGCGGAGGCGGAGGCAGAGGUUGAUCCUGCGGCCGAAGGUAUUUGCUCUGUGCCGCCAAUUGCAGCCUCAAGGUCUAACAGCGUUGUGCUUGAUAUAGCUAUUAUAAACCUCACAAUCGUCCUUCCCGAUCCCGAGGCUGAGCGGAUGCAAAUUAUGGUAUCAACCCAAGAGCAGGUCCACGAGAUCCGACAGUCCAUCAUCGACUCUCCUGCGGCAUUCCAGUACACAUGCUUCCACCUCGAGUUCCAGGGCCAAAAAGUCAAUGACUUUAUUCCCUUGGCCGAGAUCCCGGACCUUGGCACCGAGCCGGAAUUUCACCUGGUACCGGACCCAUACACCGAGAAGGAGGCUCGCAUCCAUCUGGUGAGGAUUCGAGAGCUCAUUGGCGCCGCUGGCAACCGCUCCGAUGCCUCGCAGGGUAUCCUCCCCGGCCUGUCGCUCUAUGAGUCUGUGACCAAGAAGCUGUCGACCGAGGCCGAGGGCAGUGAGGAGCAGUCUCUCACCAAGGACUAUGACUUCCAGGCCAUUCCUUCAAUCACCAGCCUCAUCCCCGAGCCCAUUGACCCGGCGCCCAAGACGGUCAAGAUGGUGGCUCUCUCAUCGUGGAACCCCCCACCAUGCCAUCUGCAGCAGCGGGGUCAUUUGCUCUACAUUGUUGUCACCACCAACGAAGGCGAACAGUACCAAGUCACUGCGCACGUGUCUGGCUUUUUCGUCAACAAAUCCUCCAACGCCAAAUUCGACCCCUUCCCGCGCCCCGCGCCCAAGGGCCAAUCCGCUCACUCUCUUUUGAAGCUGAUCGAAUUGCUGUCGCCUUCCUUUUCCGACAUUUUCAAGAACCUCCAGGAGUACAACAGCCAGCGAGACCCCCUGGCCACCUUCCAGAUCACCAACGCUAUCCCCAACUCGCCUUGGGCUGUGCCAUCUCCCAGCUCGGCUCUUUGCACACACUCUCCCGAUGUCACGAGACCCCAGGAAACAUAUCUGCUCGCUGGUGUCGACAAUACCGACACCUUGCGCGACUGGAAUGAAGAAUUUCAAUCCGCAAAGGAGCUUCCCAAGGAGACCGUCCAGGACCGAGUGUUUCGCGAGCGCCUGACGUCCAAGCUUUUCGCGGACUACAACGACGCUGCCGUAAAGGGCGCCGUACUGAUUGCGCACGGAGACAUUGCGCCGCUGAAUCCUACAGAGACUAAGGAUGCGCAGAUUUUCGUCUACAACAACAUCUUCUACUCUUUUGGAGCCGAUGGCGUCGGCACCUUUACCUCGGAAGGCGGCGAUGAGGCUGCACGUGUCGCUACAGGAAAGGAUGUAGCUGGUGUGCAGAUGGUGAACCAGCUGGAUAUUGACGGCCUGUUCACCCCGGCCACCGUCGUCGUUGACUACCUCGGAAAGCGAAUUGUCGGCCAGAGCAUUGUUCCUGGCAUCUUCAAGCAGCGUGAGCCCGGCGAGCACCAAAUUGAUUACGGUGCGGUGGACGGAAAAGAUGUUGUUGCCAUCAAUGACCAAUUCACCACUCCUUUCGCCCAACUCUCCAAGGCCCUCAAGGUUAAGCAGCACCCUGUCUGGGACAAGGACGGCAAGCGAUUCGAUCUUGAGGCGAGCGUGGAAACCAAGGGAUUGGUGGGUACGGAUGGUCGUAAAUAUGUUCUCGACCUUUACCGAAUCACACCUUUCGACAUUGCUUGGCGAGAGGAGACUUCCACCGCGGAAGGUCAGACAGAACCCUCAGAGUAUCCUCACCGUAUGACGGUCCUGCGACCUGAAUUGGUGGACUCAUUUGGCCGCUACCGCAUGAAGCAGUGGCUCGAUACCGAAUUGGCUCGUCGUGUUAAGCCCAAGGCAGAAGACGCUCCAGCUGAAGCUGCGGGUGAAGCCAAGGAAGAGGCCAAGGAGGAGGCCAAGGAGGAGACCAAGGAGGAGACCAAGGAGGAGACCAAGGAGGAGGCUAAGGAUGAUGAGGCCAAGGAAGAAAAGGACGAGGCUGCAAAGACAGAUUCCAAUGAGGCCGAACAGAACCAGCCCAACCUGGCGGAUUUCAAAUUCGGACUCAACCCCGACGCUUUCAGCGGCCAGGUUCCUCGCACUGAGGAAGAGAAGGCUGAGCUCGAGGCCGACGAGCAAGAAGUUAGGGCGGCAGGAGAAUACCUUCGGGACCGCGUCAUUCCCGAAUUCUUGCGCGAGCUCACUGAUUCCGACAUCAGCUUCCCUAUGGAUGGCCAGUCGCUUGGCCGUAUCCUGCACAAGCGAGGUAUCAACAUUAGAUAUCUUGGAAAGAUUACGUCGCUUGCAGUCAACGACAGACUCCGCUGCCUGCGCGAAAUCUGUAUCCAGGACAUGGUUUCUCGUGCCUUUAAGCACGUUUUUGCCAUCUAUUUGCGCUCACUUCCCGUUGUUUUGGCGCCGUCUUGCACGUCUCACCUCCUGAACUGCCUGCUCGGCCAUCAGCUUAACGCCAAGCCUGUCGCAGACAUUGACCAGACAUUCCGCGAACUAUACCCCGAGGCUGAUUUCUCGUUCGAGACGGUGACACCUGAGUCACUUCGGGAACAGAUUGAACAGCAGGUUUCCAACCGCUUCCGCUACGAACUGGGUGCCAACUGGUUCAACCAGCUCCGUCCCGUACAGCUGCUUCGUGAUAUCUGCAUCAGAGCAGGUGUCCAGGUUCUAGCAAAGGACUACGUAUUCGACAACGCCGCUGCCGGAGCCGCUGUUAGCCCUGCCCAGCCAGAGCAAGCCAACGGCGAGACCAAGGCCGAGCCCAAGAUCGAGGCCAAGAGCAGCAAGAAGAAGAAGAAGAAGACCAGAGAGAGCUCACCUACGGCCGCUACAGCCCCUGAAAUCGUCUCUACUUUCACUCCUGAUGAUAUUCAGAAGGUGGUGCCGGUUGUGAAGCACUCUUGCCCUCGAAGCUCGCUCGCCGAGGAGGCCCUCGAGGCCGGACGCAUCUCCAUCCUUCAGAACCAGAAGAAGCUUGGACAGGAGCUGUUGCUAGAGUCAUUGUCGCUCCAUGAGCAGAUUUACGGUAUUCUCCACCCCGAAGUUGCGCGAGUCUACAACAGCCUGUCCAUGCUGUACUAUCAACUCGACGAUAAGGAGGUCGCUGUUGAGUUGGCCAGGAAAGCCAUCAUUGUUUCGGAGCGCACUGGCGGCGUGGACUCUGCCGAGACGCUUCUCAACUACCUGAACCUCAGUCUCUUCUUGCACCAGGUCGGAGACAGCAAAUCGGCGCUGGCCUAUUCCAUCCAUGCGCUGAAGCUGUGGAAGAUCAUUUACGGACCUGGCCACCCAGACUCAAUCACCACGAUCAACAACGCGGCCGUGAUGCUGCAGGGUGUCAAGGCUUACCACGAGUCUCGGCUGUGGUUUGAAGAGUCACUGCGUGUGUGUGACUCCGUCUUCACCAGGCAGUCCAUCAACUCAGCCACUCUGCUGUUCCAGUUGGCCCAAGCCCUCGCGCUUGACCACGACUCAAAGGCGGCUGUCAACCGGAUGCGUGAAUCCUACAACAUCUUCCUCGCCGAACUGGGCCCAGAGGAUAAGAACACCAAGGAGGCCGAAAGCUGGCUGGAACAACUGACUCAGAACGCCGUGUCGAUUGCUAAGCACGCCAAGGACGUACAGGCCAGACGUAUUCGUUCCGGACUCCGAUUCCCAGCGCAGACAGCGCAGGCCGUGGGCGCGGCACCGCAGCGAGGAGCCACCCAGAUGGAUUCUCGCAGCAUUGACGAACUCAUGAAAUUCAUCGAGGGCGCAGACUCAUCCAAGAGCUCUAAGAAGCGACCUGGACGCGGAAACCCCAAGCGACGAGGAGCGACCAAAUAAAUAAAACAGAAAUAAAAGAAAAAGCCUAUGAGCAUACCACUUUGCAGUAGCAGGCAUGAUUUUACCGCUGAUUCUCGAAUAUUGAUCAUGUAUGAACGAGAGAUGGCAUAAGUUUCAUGAACGGGUAUGGGAAAAGGGGAGGUUCGUUUUGUUAAGGACACAAGGAUGGCGGCUUAGUGGAAAAAAUUCCUUGCAUGUGCUGUUCAUGAAUGUAUUAUAUAGUGUACAGGAGCAUUCAAAAAAGAAGGAGGAAAAGCAAAAAAGGAUUAUAUGUAUAUCUAACGUACCAUAUAUAGGAAGGCGGGCUUCUUCUGGCAUGACAUUUAGAAGCAGACCCCUGGAAAAAGAUAACCUCACUCAUCACCGACACAUGAAAAACAAUCCAUCUCUCCGUAGAAGUGGCUGCCAAAUAGUAACUGCAUAAUGUGUAAAUCAAAUCGUCUGGCAUACAAGGUAUGUGCUCUUAAACAAUACUGUCUCUUUUCUUUUCUUUUCUGUUUUCUUUCUCUUCUGUUGAAAUACAAAACUAGACGUAACAGGCAUUUCUGCUCAGCAGACACAUAAAACUCAAAUUCAUACAAUAGGUAGCCACCUUUCGUUAACCAGGUAUCACACUCCUUCCUUACCAACCCAUAAAACACCGGGGGAAAAACAAAAAGAAAAAAUCAGGCCGUUGAGGCCAAAGUGUCCCGUCCUCAUAUAGGUAUUGCCCCCAACUCGUACGCCUCCCUUCCCCAGCUUUCCGUUUUUACCCUUUAACCAUUCCAUAUAAAAGUACAGACGAAGAUAAAGAUAGGGAAAAAAAAUCACACACACACUCAAAAACACACAAAAAAAAAAAAAAAAAAAAA